GAAAAAAAAGAACCCUGUCAAAUCUUCGUAGCUCUGCAAAUCUUUAGAUUUCAGAAGCUUUAUAUUAAGUUAUUAUUAUAAGAAUAAUUAUAUUGAUUGAUCUAUAGCCAUGCAGAAUAAGUGCAAAUUGUGUCCAUAAUCAAGAAUAAAUUGAACAAAACACAUCAAGAUGGAGGAACCACUCAUAGUCCUCAAGGAGGAAAUCGAAGAGCUCGAGAUUACUUUUGAACCUGAUUGUGAAGAUAAGGAAUUAACUGUUCCUAAAAAAGAGUUAACCGAUACCAGUCCACACCACACUGGAGAUUUAGGCCAUGAAAUUGUUACCAUAUUCAUGCCAAUCAAAACAGAAGCUUUAAGUAAUGAGUUUGAUGAGUCACAGAAUGCAAUCAAGUCAUCUGAAGACAAGGAGGUGUCAGCAGGAUGUGUGAGGACACACAUUAAAGUGAAGCCUUCUGAAGAUGAAGCAAGUUUGCCGGAAGACAGUGCUCAGACACUGGGUACACCUUCGCCGAAGAAACAUACAAGUAAAGACAAAAUGGUGUGUCAAACUUUUAUGACAGGAAACAGCACCAACCCAAACACAUAUUACGAAUUGCACAUUGAAUGCACGAUGGAUAAACUCGAGCAAAAUAAACGAGGGAAAAGAAAAACCACCAAACCACGAAGUAAAAAAGCACGAGUUAUUCAAACUGAUGGUUUAAAUGGGACACCAUCAAAUUGUGGCAAUAAGAAGACCCCAUCACUGUCCGUCUGUGUGGUUUGCCAGAGAACGUUCCACCGGGAAAUUGACUUGGUUAGACAUCUCAGGACUCACACUGGCGAGAAACCUUAUCCUUGUCAGCAUUGCCCGAAGGUGUUCACACAAAAGUGUCAUUUGACCAUCCACAUGAGGACGCACAGUGGUGAAAGACCGUACUCCUGCGUUAUGUGCCCCUACAAGUGUUCCGAUAAGAGCAACUUGAAAACUCAUAUGAGAACUCACACGGGUGAAAAACCCUUCUCCUGUCAACAUUGCCAGUUCAAAUUUUCAAACAAAAGCAACUUAAAUCAACACAUGAAGAUCCAUGCGGAGGAAAAGCUGUAUUGUUGUCCGACUUGCCAGUACAGGUGCUCCAUCCGAAGUUCUUUGACCCAACACAUGAGGACUCACACGGGUGAGAAGCCCUUCAGUUGUGCCCUGUGUGACGUGAAAUUUACUCGGAGGGAUAGCUUGAGUUCGCACAUGCGCACCGUCCACACCGAUGACAAGCCGUUGUCUUGUCCGCUUUGUGAUAAGAAGUUUUCGAUAAAAAGUCGUUUAAAAACUCACAUGAAGCGCACGCACGGCAAUGAAAGUGUACAAAAUUUGUGAUUCUAAUGUUUACAUUGUGGGUUAUUUCCAUUUUUAUACGUCUGCGGCAAAGCCGAAAGGAAGGGUUAUGAUUUUAGCAGUCUAUGCAUGUAUGUUUGUAUCCAGAUUCUGUGUUUUCCACCGUACCGCCUAAACUACUGCGACGGGGUAGGCCGUCACAGAUAGGAAGUAGGAAUAAAAGUCCCGGGUGUGGGUCGAUCCAGCCUCUGUUGUCUUUUCCACCGCCACACGCCGCAGUUUGAGAUAGGUAGUGGCCGAGACUGGCCGCGCAAAUGCGGAAGUCCACAGUCCUCUGGGGUGCCGCCAGGUAGGUUCUCGGCAGCGCCCACGGAGGUAGCUCCUUCGCGUCGGGGUAGUUCCGCCGCGCGGAAGACGGCCUGUGUUGGUUAUUUCCACGAGGGGUAGUGUCCGUAUAUUACGUUGUGCCCACGCACUGGAGAGCACAAGAACAAAGUGAUUAUAAUACUUGUUUACGUGUAGUGUUUUUGUAAGAGGAAAACAAACGUCCUGUGCAAGAUCCGUUUAGCGAGUGACGAGCGCCCGGGCGGGCGGCGGCGCGCUGCGGAGGCGCUCCAGCCGUCGCUCGCGGUCACGAUUUUCAUAAAUGAGGUGUUAAUUGAUUUGUUGUGAAGGUCCAGGUGACAAUAGGCUACAUUGACCUAUCGGAUGUUACAUUGUCUCCUCUUUUGUUUUCCAUUUUCAUCAAUUCAAUUUGCUCCCACAUAUCUUCUCUCACAUAUCACCUGUAUGCAGACAAUCCCACUGCAGCACUA